UGUACGUAAGCUAAUUCAUCAUCAUUGUCAAAUGAAAGACACCAUUUGUCAACCUUUAUGCUAUAUAAAGACUACACUUGACCAUUUAUAUCAAAACGUCUUAAAUUUGCUUAAAGUGACCACUGCUAAAAAUGUUAAAACUACUACUGACUUGUGCCAUCAUUGCCUAUGUGUCGGGCGUACCCAUGGAUGUAUGUACUAACUACAAGUAUUUGUAUGACCAGUGUCUGCCACACAGGAGCUGGAUCUGUGAUAAACCAGCUGGUUAUUCACCACUAGAUAUGCGUGGAUUGAGACAGAAAUUGUCCCAGAGUGACGGAUCAUUUAUCCACUAUAUAAAGUCAUGCAGUGAGUGUUUAGGAGAUCCUGCUCCAUAUGGGGAAAAAAUAGAUUACGUAAAGAAACCAGUUUGUCGUGAAGUUAAGGUACCGAUUGCAUAUAUAAACAAAACAGUAUAUCAUGAGCUGACUGGAUUACCGGAAGGCUUUGAGGUAUGCCAGGUUAUUCUCAAUGGCCCUGAUAGAAAUGUACAGAAAAUAUACAGGACGGACUGUUACAACGGAGAUGAGAGAAAACAGAACAACUACUGUAGAUUCGACUAUGGGGUGUUUAAGCAAUAUUUUUGUAGACCAACAAAUUUUGUGUACAGAACCAUGCUUAUUGACUGCCCAUUAACUGGAUUGCAGUAUUACAAAGAAAAAGUAUCAACAGCUUGUAGUUGUGUUAAAGUCAAAUGUUUAACAGGAGAAGUUGCUGGUCCCUUUAACAAUCGUGGUAUCAGACAGGGACCCGUACACGUCCAAGAAAUAAGACCAAAACAAAUAGUAAGAAAAAGUCCAGGCUUGUUUUGAAAAUCAGAAGACAAUAUAACUGACUGUGAUAUUUAUGUUUUACAAAGUUUCGCUAUGUGCUUUUUCAUUUUGUUAUGUUAUUGUUAAGGUAUUGGUUCAUAAAUAAAUUUGUAUUAAAA